ACAUUCAUGGCCAUGCAACAGAGAAGCUUAUCCUAACUUGUGGUUCCUGUAAUUCCCUGUUUUCUCUCUCUAAAUAAUCAGAGAACACAAUUUGACUCUUCCUCGGUCUCCAAAAAUCAAUGAAUGCACAAGUACAGGCCCUCUUCAGAAUCAGAUAACACAAUUCCACUUUGCCUCUCUCUCUCUAAAAAUCCAGUAAUGCACAAUUACAGGCCCUCGUCAGUCUCUAAACUGUCUUCUAUCUCUAAGUGAGUGUUUAGCGACUAAUCAUCUCUACCCAACAUGGAGAAAUGGGUCUAUGAGAUGCCAGGUAAAUCGCAGGGCAAGCCCCUUUCUCUGUCUAAGCUCUCUUCUCUCUCUAAGCGGGCUUUUAGCGAUUGAUCAACUCCACCCAACAUGGAGAAAUGGGGUGUUGCAGAGAACCUCCUCUGUGGGCAUAGCACAUCGAGAAUCUCUCUAGAAACCGGGACUUUCAGCGUAACUUCUUCGCCAAAUUUCUCUUACAGAAAUACAGACGUAAAUGUGGUUCCUCAGAAUCCAUUAGGCCCUGCUUUUGACUUCGAUGAUGUUUUUGGUGGUCCUCCAAGAAGUUCUUCAAUCUCAGAAUCAAGAUACAGUUUUAAUGGAGCUUUUGAGGGAAAGCCCAGUGCGUAUAAAGAAGAAAUACUGCCUUCUAAGAGAAACCCAUCCUUUGGGAUGAGAGAGCAACCAGUUUUUGGUGAGAAUUCUCGGGUUCAUAGGAGACUUUUGGGUGAGGAUUUCUUUGAUGACAUUUUUAAUGGGGGGAGUUCAUCGGAGAGAAAUUCUCUCUCUUCGCCAUCGACGACUCCUCGGUUUCUUGCUCCAGGACUCCUCAAUGGUGAAGCAUUGAGCCCAGGGCCUUCCUUGCCUCCCAACUUCAGCCUAUCUAGCAAAUUGGGGAAGGGGAUAGACCCUCCAGCAUUCAGUUCCCCCACUCGUCGUAGUCCUCUGAUGCGCAGAGCUACUUUUGGAUCUCCAUCAGCUUCACCUGGUUUUUUCCUGUCUAGCCCAAGAGAGCAACCUGAAAUCCAUGGUUUUAAGUCCAAAAUUGGAACCCAAUUGGCUCAGCGACAAGAUGAUCCGACAAUGGAAUCUCUCUUUAAGUCCAAAAUUGGAACCCAAUUGGUGCAGCGACAAGAUGAUCCGACAAUGGAAUCUCGCCUUCGCACACAUCGCCAAACUCCUGUGUCCAUCCAAAUUCCUUUCUCUUCAUAUGAGCCAACAAAGCCCUCAGAUACCCUUUCAAAAGACUCUCCUGAGGUUUCUCAGAGUGAAAAUCAGUUCCAUUUCUCCAUACACAAAUGGGCAGGCAAAGCAGUAGGAUAUUUGAUCCCUGUGAAAAAAGAUAAUUUGAAAAAACAAGAAGAAGAACCUAAAAUUAAUGAGUUGAGUGAGGUCUAUGCCCUUCCGACCAUUAAAUAUUUGUCGACAAUUCCUUGCUCUUCAGACGAUCAUCUUGAAAACCAACAUAUUGAAUCUGUCCAAGAUAGACCAGCUACUCGAAACGAUCACAUUAAGAAGCUAGAUCACAUCUCUAGCAAUGAGUCAUCAAUACAUAAAGGGGCAGAUAAAGAAGAGCUACUCAAGGAACCACGGGAACCCACACACAAACCCCUUCACCAUUUUCUCCACGACGAUAAUGAAGAACGAGCAACAGUGAAGGAUAAGUUGGUUGAACAGGGCGGCAAGAAAGAAGGUUCUUUACAAGGCAAUGUGCCAUCAGAAAAUGCCAAUGAUAGUAUACAACAAAAGGAAAUUAUUGGUGAAACUCUAUCUAAACAGGUGAAAGCAACUAGGCCAAGCUUGGCUAAUUCAGAAUCCAAGAUGCGUGGCAACAGAGUCAAGGGCAAAGUCAAGGAAUUCAUUAACAUUUUUAAUCAGGAUCCUAAACCCAUGAGUAAAACUGAAGGCAACGACCAAGUUUCUGGUGUAAAAGACCGGGUUUCUCACAAAGGGGAUGCCCAAGAAGCCAUAUCUUCAGAUUUUUCUGAUAAUCAAGUGAAGAUGGCUAAUGGAACCAUUAUUGCAGAUUUGCCAGAGAUUCCCAUUGUGGUAGAUCGUAUCCAAAAUCAGAGAGAAAACUCCUCUGUUGAUGAACCAUUCAGUGUCCAUGAAGUUCAUGAUUUAUCUUGGAAUGACACAGAAGUUCCCUCUGGAACCGUGAACCACUCUAUGGAUGGCCUUGAUCGUAGAAAAGAAUCCUAUGGUAAAGAUACCCAAGAAAACUUUCGGGUAGAGUAUGCUUUGGAGAAACAUAAACAUCAGAUGGCAAAAAUUCAACCAGAAGAGGAAUUUCAAGAAUCAGAUACUAAGCUACGUAAUUGGUCCAGAGGAAAAGAAGGAAACAUCCGCUCCUUGCUCUCAACUCUACAAUAUGUUCUUUGGCCUGGAAGUGGAUGGAGGCCGGUUCCUCUAGUUGAUAUAAUAGAAGGGUCUGCGGUGAAGAGAGCGUAUCAAAGAGCAUUGUUGUGCCUACACCCUGACAAACUGCAACAGAGGGGUGUCACAGUGCAUCAAAAAUACAUUGCAGAAAAGGUCUUUGACAUUUUGCAGGAGGCAUGGACACAUUUCAACAAUUCGAUUGGUUCUUUUUGAGUUGGCAUUCAAAAUUUGAAACCAUGGGCCAGUUCCAGCUAUCGAGAUCAAGUAAAUCCUUCUACAUGUUUGGGCAAAUCCAUUAGGAAAACUCACUGUAAAUUCCCUUAUGUACACCAAUUACAUGUAUUUUUUCUAAAACAUAAUGGACAAUAUAGUGCAAUGCACUUCUGCCAGUGCGAAGUAUAUAUGAAAGCAUUUUAUUAUACAAUAUUAUAUUAUAACUAUUGA